GCGACUUUCGCGUUGGAAUUGUUGAAUGGCGGGGGUCAGAAAUUUGAUGCUUUUUUCAGUUAUCGGGCAGCUGAUUUUUGGAUGUUGCAAUACUGUCUUUUCAGCAACUAAGAUCCAUAUUAACUCGACCGAUGAAAUCGAGAAGUUCGAAUUGUUCAACCAUCAGUUCCGCCGCAAUUACGAUGUAAACAAUCAGCAGGAAUAUUAUCAACGUAAAAUUAAUUUUGAAAGUUCUAUCAGGAGGCAUGUCUAUCUCAACUCUGUGUCCAAGCAUUUAACUAACCACUCGGCAAAGUAUGGCGUCAACCAGUUCUCUGACCUUUCACCAGAACAGUUCAGAGAAACCUAUCUAACAGCUCAGGCUAAGGUUGUCCCAAAAUACACCCCAUUGAAACAUGGAAACUCUCUUAAAAGGAAUUUACCUACAAAGUUUGACUGGAGGGACAAAGGAGCUGUUAAUCCAAUUCAAAACCAAGAAGCAUGUGGAGGAUGCUGGGCCUUCAGCAUCGUCGGGGCAGUAGAGUCUGUGCAUGUUAAAAAUGGUGGAGCCCUAAAACAGCUGAGCGUACAACAGGUUAUAGACUGUUCAUAUAACAACCACGGCUGCAACGGAGGAUCCACUGUGACAGCCCUUGACUGGCUAAAUAAGACCAAAGAGAAGUUAGUGAGUCAGUCUGAGUAUCCUUUUAAAGCAAAGAACGGCAUGUGUCAUUACUUUGCCCCAUCACACGACGGCAUCUCAGUGAAGAAUUACCAAGCACACAAUUUCAGUGGGCAGGAGAAGGAGAUGAUGGCCAGGCUGAUUGAAUGGGGACCUCUGGCUGUGAUUGUGGAUGCUGUUAGCUGGCAGGACUACCUGGGUGGCAUUAUCCAACACCACUGUUCCAGUCAUAACCCUAACCAUGCAGUUUUAGUCAUAGGAUAUGAUACAACAGGAGAUGUUCCAUACUGGAUAGUGCGAAAUUCCUGGGGAACUUCAUGGGGAGAUGAGGGCUAUGCUUACAUUAAAAUAGGGGCCAAUAUGUGUGGCAUUGCAGAUUCAGUGACUGCUGUCUUCCUGUGACUACACUUGAUUAAGAUUGGGCACUGUGGAUAUUCAGAUGUUAUAUACAGAAUGUUCAGCACUUUUAUGUUGCGUCUAAAAAAACACUUUCCCAAAAUAGAAUGAUGAUUGCUUGAAAUGCACGUAUUUGCACAGCACACUUUGAAAGUAUGAGGGAAAUUCAUUUGUGCUUCAAAUGCAGAUUAAAUGAUGUUCCAAAGGAAAGUUUACGUUUUUAACAAA